AUGUAUCCUUUAAAUAUUUUAAAUUAUAGAAAUAAUAUUGUAUUGUUCAUUGUAAAUUAUUAUUAAUAAUUUAAUAUCUUAAUUCUAAAUUUAAGUUAUUCUUCUGGCACUUUUUAUUUUGAAGCCUUUAUUCUAAAUGUUCAUUAAGAUAAAAAUGGAAAGAAAAUUUAGUUGAUGUACUAUCCUUUAUUGGGAAAAAUUAUUUUAAUCAGAAAAGGAUUAUAGCUACAUAAUGAUAUACUAAAUUUUGAGAAAUUGAUUCCUUAAAUGAAUCCUGAAAUUUAAGUGAGUAAUACAUUCUUCAGUGUAAAAUAUGAAUUUUUUAAAUAAAACAUGUUAAAUUCAUACUAUAUAAUUAGGAUCUUUAUAGAAAGUCAUUGAAAAUAGUAUUUGUUGAAAUGAUGUUGUAUUUAGGUAUAUUAUUUGAAAUUAUAAAUUUUUGGCAUUUCAAGAAGGAGAAGAUUGGAAAUUAGUUAAAAAGUCCUAUCAAAAUCUUUUGAAUUCAUACAGCUUAGAGCAAGAAUCCCAUUAAUAAAACGACUAUGUGAAGAGAAGUUUAAGAAUUUACAAACAUAAACGAACCAAUCGAUAUAAUUUACUUAUCAGAUAAUAUUAUUGGAAAAGUGAUUACAGAAUCGUUCUUUAGUUAAAGUUUCAAGGAAGUUAAAGGUAAAUAAUUCUUAUCUGAAUUGGUGGAUGUGAUGGUGAAGAUCCUUUCUCUAUACAGAAAAGGACUGAUUCGAUGUAUGACAAAACAAUUUAUAUUUGGUACAAGAGAUUAUCCUAAUUGAACCAUAUAUAAAAAGGAGCAUUAGCUUUUAAAAGACUGCAAGGAAUCAAAGACAUCUUGAGUGCUUCAAUUAAAGAAUGA